AUGUUCUUAGGUUCAGUUGUUUACGAAUGGAGAAAGAUUUCGAGUAGUUGCUAUACACACAUUAGUUAUUACGGAUAAAAGACUUGACAAACUAUAUAAUUGACUGUUUGGUUUAAAGUGCAGACUUCUGUCUGUAUUACAACCGUCUGUAACAAACCCUCUACGUGCACAAUAUCCAUCUCUAUUAUUUGGUACUGUACGUAUUACACAUCAAAUACCAAGAUGCAGAAUUGCUACAACACAGGCGAAAGAAUUCCACGUGAGAAAAAGUUUGAAGUGGAGGACAGGUUGGCAAAUAAACAUAUACAGACAUUACAGUUUGUUCAAGAGGUUGUCAAUGAGAACAAAGUGCUUAAGAAGAAAGUUGAAGAUUUUGAGGAAUCCACAUCAAAUUGUGAUGAACUUCAUUCUCUUGCAGAGAAUAGUAAGAGCAAAAUCAAAACUAUUCAAGAGCAGUACUUAAAGCGAGCAGAUGAAAUCAAUGCAAUGAUGGCAGAGAAACAUAGAGAUGAGGUAAGACAGAGCUGUAAAGCUUCUGAGAAAUGUACUGGAAUAGAUCAUACUGAUGGGAUGAGAGUGAGAGUGAGUGAUAGAAUAAAUGCCUUUAAAUGUAUGGAGGAUGGUAAACAUGGGGAAAAGGUAAGAAAGGUAAAGGUCGGAACAGAUGUUGACAGUACUAAAUGUAAGAAAGACAUUGCAAUAGAGGACAUUGCUAAUAAAAUCAAUGUUCCUGUACAAUUUAUACAGGGGAAAGUAAGGAGAGGAGUAGACAGGGUGAAUUUAAUUUUUGAAGAGGAGAGAAUUAAAGCAAUUAGAAAUGAGUAUGAUCCUGCUAGAUUGAGAAGGAUAAGAAGAGAUAAAAUAAGUAGAUAUGAACUAGGUAAACUGGAUAUUAUUCAACCAAUUAAAACGAUUGAGCAGCAAUCGCAGGUUGCAUCUGUAGAAAGAAAGGAUAUUGGUGAGUUAGUAAAUCGUUUUGGAGGAAAGAAACAUAGUUAUGGGACUAGAAAAAGGAUUCCAAUUUACAUGCCAAAGGGGAUUGUCAAACAUCACAUCAAUAAAUUUGAUACUGAAAUGACUGAAGGGAACUCACCAAAACUUAUAUAUAAAUCUAUUGAUGUUGCACAUAGAAAUAUUGGGAAUAGCAAUGCUGUUCCUCGAGAGUCUGAAAAUGAGCUUGAGGAGGAAUUCAAACAAAGAGCACAUGAUGUGAAGACAGAUGCACCCAAGAUAUCUGCCACCGACCAACAGUCAACAAAAGUUUAUGAAAACUCGUAUGUAAAGAAUAGAAGGAAAUCUUUCCAAGGUGGAGGAGAUGUUCAAACUAAAGCAAUUGAUGGUUUGAGGUCUGAUGGAAAAAAAAUUAGCAGCUUAAUUAGAAGCAACAUCAAGCACGUGAAAGAAAACAGAGCAAGAAUGAAUGAAUGGCCAGCUCCUGCAUCUGUAUGUCAAACUUCCAGGAAGAAAAAUGUUGAAGAGGCAACACCAGAAUCAGCUAAACUUUCUAGAGAUGAAAAACUGAAAGGCAUGAUAUUAGUGGUGAAUGCUCUUAUGGCAGAAAUACGCAGAUGCAAGAAAACGACAGACAAUGGAAUUUCAAGAGAGAAAAGAGAAUCGAUACCAGAGCAAACUUUUUUUAAGAGUGAUGAAUCUUGUCUCUCUGAAAAACAGCCAACUUUAAACAAGAUCAGUUCACCGAGUAUUCUAAGACCAAAAUCAAUGGGACAUGUUAUAGGUAGAAUGGAUAAAAUCAACUCACCUGUAGUGAACAUUGACAGACGAAUGCAAACACCAAGUCCUAGCUCUCAUAAGUCUGAUCAUAAGUCACAACCUGUGACAAAUGCUGAGUUUGUAUCAAAGCUUGAUGUUAUAGAUAGUGAUAAUGAUAAAGAAAGGACAGCUGCAACAAUUAGCAAUCUUUUGGAGAAAGAGAAUUAUGGCACUGAUGUCAAUGAUGUAGAUGCAUCUGUAUGUUUUACAUCCAGCAAGAAAAGUGUUGAACAGGUAAGGGAGGCAAAACAGAAAAACAAGUUAUUUGUGGUGAUUGCUCAUAUAUCAGAAAUACACAGAUGUAAGAACUGGAAAGAUGAAGUAAUUUUAGGUGAGAAAAGGAAAUCAAUACCAGAGGAAUCUAUUUUAAAGGGUGAUGGCCCUUUUCUGUCUGAAAAACAGCCAGUUGCAAACAAGAUCAAUUCAAGUAUUCCAAGACCAAAAUCAUGGGGACAUGUUACAGGUGGUGUGAAUAAAAUUAACUCUUCUAUAGUGAACAUGACAGAAGAAUGAAAACGCCAAGUCUUAACACUCAUAUAGUGAACACUGACAGAAGAAUGAAAACGCCAAGUCCUAGCACUCAUAAGUGUGGUUUAACACCUGCAAGGGCAACCAUUGAAAAGGUACCUUUAAGAAGAAAUAGUAAUGAAUUUAAAGCCAGCA